GUUUGAGACGUUUCACAAAUAUUUAUUAUGCCGGCAUUGAUCUGUCGACAUGCGUAAUGUACAUUCUGUUCGAAAUGACACCGCAUCGCUGAGAUAUUUCACGUAUCUCGCUACUUAUCGUUUCUGAUGUUGUUUAACGUGGAUCCCGGCCAGCAUAUGCUCGAGGCGAGUUCUUCGUCGCGGGAAAAAUCGAUUAUUCUCAGGUUGAGUCGUUUUCUUGAAAAGGGUGUGGUGUAGGUAAAGAUUCUAUAAUCAAAUGUAUCUGCAAUAUGUUUUAAAAUAGCGCUAUAAAUCAGCAGUCUAUCUUUCAGCAAAUUUGUAUGCGUUGCAUUGUGUUGCUCAUAGCGUUGUUAGACGGCUCCGCUAUGCUGCUGUGCUGCCAUUAGACGGUGCUCCGCCAUGCCGCACUACCUGAGCCCCCUGUCGAGCGUGACCACUGUGACUACCUGCCGACUUCAGGGCCGCUCCCCCCGCAGACCGAGACAGAGGCCCGUCAGCGGACCGUGCCCCUGCGGCUGUCAGUGCGUACAGGAGGCUGACGGAUCACUCAUGAGCCAAGCGGAUCCACUAGAGCUGCCAGCCGUCGCUGAGGUGAAAACGGAGCCCGGCGCAAACUCUGUCGAGGAGUUCAACGAUGCUGUGGAGUGCUCAGAGAAAGACGACGCCUCGGAGGAUUCCUCCGCGGAGUCUGAGGAGCUGAAAAGUUCUCAAAUUAAGUCGGAGCCAAAUGAGGAGCCGCUGGAGACGUCUGACGACCUCCAGGACUCUCCGAUGAAGGCUGACUUCUCCUCCGACGAGUCUCCUGCUAAAUCGGCCAUCUCCGGGGAUUCUUUCGAUCUGCCCGUGAAGGACGAGGCUGCUGGCGGGUCCGACGAAGAGCUAGAUGUGCAUGACACAGCGGAGACGUCAAAGGGUUCCAGUGACGCUGCGUCUGGUCCGUCAGCGUCGAUCAGUCCCAAGCGCCUUCGGGCGGCAGCACAGGUGAUCGGGCAGUGUGGACAGGGCUCUCCGCGGCGCAGGACCACACAACAGCCUAGAGACUUCAGUCGCGAGCGGCCAGCUGGGACGAGAUACAUCCGCCUGGCUGUGAACACUGUGAAGAGGAGGAGACCGCGCAAAUCAGCCAGUCCGAAACGGCAGCGCACACAUUCACCUGAAGUCUCUGAGUGCAUCAUGAGAACCACAUUCUACCCAUGACUGAUUGUUUCGGACGAAACGAAACAUCUAGCAAGAAUCAAGAUGAAUGCCUGCCAGCAGCAUGGAUUUAUGGGUUGAAAGGGGUGGUGAAGAUGGAAAUCAAUUCAAUUAUGCGCCAAGAACGCCAGCGGCACUUUGAGGACGCUUUUAGAAGUAUUAUGUGCAUAUAGUUCUGCUGGUUCUGCUCUAGGACUAGGUACAUAUAAAACUAUUAUAUCAUAUGGGGUCAACUCCCCUUCCCUUCGGGCAAUAUACCUAUAUCUUUAUAUUUAUGGACGUCACGCAACCACCUACAUGGGGCCCAUGUAUAGGCUAUACGAAAGACUGUCGCCACACUUUCGCAAUCCCAAAUAAAGCGAUGAAGUUC